AAGAAGGAUAGAGAGAGAGAGAGAGAGAGAAUGGAAGAGAGUUGGACAGAGUGCUGCUGAGAGGAGGGCAGUGCAUCAUGUUGCUGUGAUGUGAGCAGGGACGCAGGAAGGAGGAGAGGGACCAAAACAAGAGAAGCAGAGAGGGAAUAAACUGAGGACGGAGCUGGACUACAUACCUAGUCUGAGGUAGCCAGAUUAGCAGUGACUCAGAGCUUUUGGAAUAUUAACCACCAGAGAAUAUGGCUUUGCACCACUGUUUGCCUGCAUAGUGCAUAUUCAUGUGAGUUUAUGAGUGCCACCGAGGGACUGAAGGGAGAAGGAAUUCAACCUUAUUAUAAGAGAGUCUCUCAGUGCCUCCCCUCCUCAAAGACUUGAAGCAGAGGAGCACAGAGGGGGACAAGGUGGUAAGGGGGCUAGGGGGAACCCCACUGCACCAAGAACACCUAGGACAAAGUGAGUGGAACCACAGCUAGACCCAGGGCUUGACAAACGCUAACAAUGAUGUAAUGGUGAAGGUGGACACCAGCUCUCCAGGGUUUUCAGGCCUCUGAGCCAGUUGCCCAGGUGAUGGGGAGACGGGCGGCUGACCUGACCACUGCCGUGCCAGUACUAGGAGUUCCCGCCCUGGUGGGGGUACGUGAUUGGAGGACAGUAGGAGGGGAAAGGGCCGGGGAAGUGCUGCCCCUGACAUGGGGUCCCCAGUGCAGCAUCGGAGUGCAGACUUCGCCUGGUGUAAGAGCCCCUCCCAUCCUGCAGGGCACGCAACUAAUUGGCACAUUCCCUGUCCAAUCAGACAGCAGGAUUACUCCCAAAUCCAAUGGCUACAUCCCCAAGGAGCCAAAGGAAGAGGAAGGAAUCAGACAGACUAAGAGUGUCAGAGAAAGAGUGGUUAUUGCAAAACAGAGGAGUUUAGAUUCCAAGAUCAAACAGGGUGUGACUUUUGAAGGGAUUUCCAGUAAGCUCACAAAGAAUGUGUUCUUCAACCAACGGAAAAGUGUGACUUAUUGCUAUGCCCGGGCAAUCAAGACUAACCCACACUUAUCAGGGGGCAUGGGGAAUAGCAAGCUCAAAGGGAGGCGGGACAUGCGCUACACCAAUGGCAGUGUAGUUGACUCUGAGGCUAUAGGAGGGAUUUGUAUUGACGGCAGUGAUGAGGCGGAGCCUGUCUCAACCAUGUCCUCUAGAGAAGGGGACCAAUCAAAACCUAAAGAGCAUUCUGUGGCAUAUUCAUAUUGUGGGAAUACAAAACGACCACGAGCUCCCCCACCUCUCCAAAUGCCCCAGCGGAUCUGCAGCCACUGUGGAGGGAGACAGACUGUGGUCCCAGGAGCUGGAGCUGCCAGUCUGGGAGAUAAGAGCCCUUCCUAUGCAUGCCCUGAAGGAACAGCAGCCAUGAAAGCACCUCCUUCACUCACAGACAGAAACAACCUUCCCCUUUCACAUACUGAGAAAGAGAGAGACUCUGCGUUCUCUCCUCUGAGGCUUGCAGACAGGGAUCGGAUACAAAGCCAGUGGACACACACAGACUCUCUACCCCCCCACCCCCACUGUAAUCCCCCUAUUCAGAACAACAAAGACAGGAAACCCAAUCUGCCUGAAAGCCCAGCGCCUGCAUGGCAGAACAGAGAUCUGAAACAGACUAAUGGUUAUGCCUCCCAUCCCACAUACCCCCUGCAUACCUCUAUCCGAGACCCAGUAGAAACCGCAGACACACCUUCACAAAAACACUCAGACAAGGCAGCCAGCCUCACAAGCAUCUUACACACAGCGACGGCGACAGUCACCAAGGCGACUAUUGAACCCAGGCGUACAGAUGCCAACUUCCUUGAGACCCCAUCUCACUUGAGUAAGAUUCCUCGACCAACACCGCUCACACUUUCUCCCCAAAUCGCCGUGGCCACAAGGCCAAACACGCCACGCACACACCGUAAGCAUCCGAAGACACUCACACAUCCAAACACACAACCCAAACCCUCAAUCACAUCUAGUCACCCUUACCCUGUAAACCCACCACACAGAACCUCUCCUCCAAACCAUGUAAACCCACCACACAGAACCUCUCCUCCAAACCAUGUAAACCCACCACACAGAACCUCUCCUCCAAACCCUGUAAACCCACCACACAGAACCUCUCCUCCAAACCAUGUAAACCCACCACACAGAACCUCUCCUCCAAACCCUGUAAACCCACCACACAGAACCUCUCCUCCAAACCAUGUAAACCCACCACACAGAACCUCUCCUCCAAACCCUGUAAACCCACCACACAGAACCUCUCCUCCAAACCCUGUAAACCCACCACACAGAACCUCUCCUCCAAACCAUAUAAACCCACCACACAGAACCUCUCCUCCAAACCAUAUAAACCCAUCCUGGGUUAUUACAUCCCCUAAGCCUGAAAACACUCCGCACACAACAACUCUUUCUUUCACUGCUACGACAUUACAUAGAAGCGAACCCCCUUAUCCCACUAAACCCCCUAAGUCUCCAAAGGCACUCACAGCUGCACCACCUACCCCUGUAUGCACACCGACAACAACAACACUCUCAAACACAGCUACUACGGCGACAUAUAGAAUACUCCCUAGCCAUGCUAACACGUCACACACAACUACCACGUCGGCAAACACAACAUAUACCGCCACUCUGGCUAACCCUUACAACACAUCACAUACCACUACUCCUAACACAUCACACACAACUACACCCACCUACUAUUAUACCACAAUACGCACCACUGCACGCCCAAAGCCUUUGUCCCAUAUCCCUAACCAUUCAAACACAUCGCACACACCUACAUCCCCUUACUUAGUUUACACAUCCCUCAGUGUUGAGAGCGGGUCACAGGCAACUACAUCUACUCGGCGUCAUCCCUCAACCACAUCCCUGACUGACUGGAGACCAUUGAUCGUGACGCAGAUGCAAUACAAUAAACCACCUGACCCAUCAGACAGAUCACAUAAUAAGAUAACAUUCACACAGACACACGCUGAACAAACCACUGCCUACCACGCAAACACUCAUAAGCGAUUUGUCGUUGAACCAAUAAUGCACGCAAAUGUAUAUCCAAAGCUACUGACCGUCUCCACCAGAAACACACACUGUAGCCCUGUCAUCGCGUCACAGACAGACGAGGAAAGGGACACUAGAAUGUCCAAUGCAUCAAAGGUCACUGACCUCCCAGAAUGCAUCGCUGAAAAGGAUGCAAACAAAGAAGGAGAAGAGCAGGGACACUUCGCCACAAACCUAAAACUUGGGUCUGAGCCUCAGAUACGUUCCCACACAGAACACAUUCCCUCCAGCGCAUUCCACACUCAUGCAAAUACCACAUCCACAUUCGGACUUGAUGGGCAGACAUACACAAAUGACGCUCCGCCUUCCGUCACACCACAGACACGAGCAGACCCUAAGGUCCUCAUUGCAACCCAGACGAACACUUCUGCACAUGUCAAGCCCGUCACCAAAACACCAAGCCACAGAAACACAGACUUCAGUUCCACAUCAACGCCAAACGAACACACAAGCCCCACACACCGACUCAUACCACAGGCCCGUCCAUACACCCUCACUGAUCUCCUCACACACACACCCAUAGACCCCGAGUGCUACCGCCUUCUGCCUCCAUCCCGCAUGGCUCACCUAGCCUCCUACACCCUCACCCAUCCCAAUCAGACACACCAGAUGAUCCAUCCAGUAUUUCCAUUUUUAUCGUCAAGCACCACCCCGCAGCCAUCCCAAGACGAUUCCAGGCUGGCUCACUCCCACCCGGCUGACGCAGCGCUGCUGCUGCCCCCUUCCCCACAGUGCAGCAGGCCAGCCCCGCUCCAACGGAGGCUGCAGUUUGUAGAGGCCAACCUGGCAGCCAACCAGGACAGGAUCACUACCCUUCUCAACAUCAUCCAAGACCUGGAGAUGAGCCAAGCUCUCAGCAAGGGUCGGCGAUGCUACAGGACAGGGCAGGACCUCAGGGAGUGCUCCACCUGUCAGAAGACCGCUUGUAUCGUCUACAGUGUGGAGUAUGACUUCAGGCAGCAAGAGAGACAUUUCUUGGCGGUUCUGAAUCCUCAGAAGGCUGACAACAACGCUACAACAUUUCCCCCCUCCCUGCCUCACAACCCCACCUUGCUGACGAAUGCCAUCACUAAGACCAUGACCAAGUCCAAGGUUAAAAGCAAAAAGUUGUGCAAGACGCUUUUCCGAUGGCUGCCUAGGAAAAUUCAGCAGACAAAGUCCUCCUUUCACCAACUCUCUCCAGAUCAUUUGAACUCCUAGCAUGCUAUCCAUGAGGUAUCCCCUGUAAUAUAAGAUCUGAUGUCCCUAUUACAGCAAGCAGCGCUUGUCAUCGUGGAAGACAAUGCCACUUCCUGUUCACAUGAUAGCUGUUCUGAAAUCUGAUUUGCUCCUUUAAGGCUGAUUGACACCCUACUGUCCAAUCAGGACAUAGCAUGAACAGGAUAUCCCCAAUAGUAACUAGAGACAUUUGCCCAGUCGAGCAAGAGUAUAUCAUAAGGGAAAACUUCAUUCUUCAGGUGAAAAUCAUAAACCUUCAUCCAAAGCACAUGCGAUAGUUUUGUUGAACUAGAUGAGACUUCCAAAGGUUUGCUAGAUUGCAAUCACCAUUUUUCAGAGUAAAUGUAGAUGAAAGUCCACUUAGUUAUGUUCUAUAGUGUCUUGUAGCUAAGUGUUGCCGUCCUCUUACAGUUUCCCCUGACCAGCUUAUCCCAGGGUAAAUGUACCUGCCUGAUUUUUUUGGAGAAAUAAACCAAAGCUACAGCACAUACUGUAAACAUGCUCUCUUUCAUAUGUAAGUAACAUCGCUUAUUGCUAUCCAUCUGUCUAUCUUAGCCUGUUAGUAAUUUAAUCACCUCCUCUUACAGACAGACAGACAGACAGACAGACAGACAGACAGACAGACAGACAGACAGACA